AUGACCUUUCUCGACCGUCACCCAGCCCUCACGCCACAGGACGAGGCCUUCCUCGCGGCCAACCCAUGGAUUGCGAAGCUUUACUAUGAUCAGGCCCGCGCGGUACCCUUCAGCCCAGGCAGCCGACACGUAGAGCCUACGCCGCCCGUAAUCGCGCUAUACGAGCGCCUCUUCUCGCGGACGCUCCGCGACUCGGGGGCCGUCCCGCUCUGCCUGGCUUGGCAUGCGCCGCUGGACUUUGAGAGCGCCGAGGCCGCUGUCGCGGAGCAGGAUGCUGCUGAAGCAGACAGGGCAGACAAGAAAGAGGUUGAACAGAAGGAAGGGGAGAUCUAUCUCAUUCCCGAGAUAACAAUGGCGUUUGAUCUCGGCGAAGGGAUGCGCGGAUACCACGGCGUUGCACAUGGGGGUAUAUUUGGCCUACUAAUCGACGAGUGUGUCGGCAACUACCUCGCUCUAAACCAGGCUACAAGCUAUACGGUCGAGCAGGGCGCAUUUGGUCAGCAGAAGGCCCAGUCGCUAUCUAAAAGACUAUGCGGGCUCGGCGGGACUACGGCCUUUACGGUCGGCAUGGACGUGCGGUUCUUUAGGAAGAUUGAUGUACCGGCCGCGGUAGUAGUGAGGACUUGGCUAGGAGGCUACACAGGCCGCAUAGCUGGUGAAGAUGCCACCCAUACAUGCUAUGAUGCUAUUGCCACUUUCACAGUCUAUGUAUUAUAG